AUGGCCCGCAAAAGCUUUCGCGGGUCCCGCGCUGGAGGGACGGUCGACUGGGUAACGGAAAUGAUGCGGGCGAUCGUCAACGAAAGCGCACUCGAAGAGUUGGGUGUAUCAGCAGAAGACGCUGGAAAAGCGGUCUGCAAGAACGUUUUUCCAAUCGUCAGAAAGCACAUUGCUUUCAUUGUCGAGUACAACCAAGCCAAUUUUGAAGCCGCCUUGGUGGACGAAAUCACCCAGGGAGAGGGGCCAAUUUCAUCCCUAGAAUUGCUGGAGAAAGUUAAACAGGCAACACAAAGGAUUAAAGAACUUACGGAUAUCGUUGAAAGCCAGGCACAGAAAGUGCGCGAGUUGGAAGCAAGCCUUUCUCAGGCCAAUGAGUUCCUCGACAAAGUGGAAAAUGUCAAAGAAGAUGCGCUGACGGCAGCGGAAAAAAGCAGGGAGUUUGCCAAGAAAGAAGAAGAGAAAUUCCCCAAGGAGAACAAAGAAUUCUUAGAACAGCUCCGUUCAGAAGUGAGGGACGAAGUUGCCCUUGAGCUGGCUGAACAGGCAACGGGGGUCACUGCGGCUUCAUCUGCAGAGACGACUGAAAAAGAAAUACAAACAGAUCCCAUAGACCCCGCUUUCAAUAUACCGGAAUCGGUGCCAGUGGCUCCUCCACUUCUUGCAUCGCCAGAAGUGUCCCACGGAACAAUUGUUACAAAUCAGCAGCUGACAGCCUCAGAUCGCAACCUUAUUGGCACUUGCCUCGAGGAAAUACGCAACCUGAUUUCCCUCCUUCAGAGAACAUCAGAGGGCUUUCGGGGGGGGCAGCAGGGCAAUGUGUACGAACACGUGCCCCUAACAACUCUGCAUCUCAGUCCCAUUUACCGAGCUCAUCCCGAAAGAGCAGAACAACUCGGAAGCGCUCGCAGCAUUCGGCUGUCUGCGCCGCUCUCGCCACACCGUCGGUUGGUAUUAGAGAGACCGUCCGAAGGUAUAGGCAGUGCAAAAUGUCAUGACGUUGCCGCCGCCUGCCCAAGCCCGCGUGAAGCUGCUUUCCCUGAAGGUGCUUCAGGGACCGUCAACAGGCCCUCUGUGACGGAGGAGACGGCCACGUUGCAAGAGGCACCCGAGCAGCAAACGUUUGUGCAGGCGCAACUCAUGUCGGCGGAGCUGCCAGAGGAUGCAAGCAUUCACACAGCGGAGGACCUACCCCCGCUUGUUCCUUGCUCUCAGGCAGAAGAGAAUACUUUGCAGCUUUCUCUUUCAAGAGAAGAAUCAGCUGUUAAACUCCGCAAGUCAGGAGUUGCCAAGACACAAGGAAGGCAGCAAAUAUCAUUUGCCGAUGAACCCCUCCUGUGCUCUGAUCCCCCUCCAGGCAGCUCAAGUGCUUCCUCUACCCUUGUCAACCCAAAUGAAAACACGCAGGAGGUUCUUGCCUCUCCCCAAGAGCCUCUAGAGACAACUGCAGCAGCGAGUUUGCAUGCAGAAACAGCAGCGUACAGUCCGCCUCCUGUCUCUUCAGAGCCCCAGGCAGUUGCCACCUCCGCUGCUUUCCCUGUUGUCAACCCACCGCAAAGCAACGACUCUGAAGUAUUAACGACAGCAGCGGUUGCUGAGACACGAGAGGGGGAGCGCCCUCCGCUCGAGUCGACUGGUAAGACAGCUUCUUCCGUGUCUGAAGUUCAGCAGCUACAGCAGCAGCCGCAAUUGCAACAGGGGCCCCAACAGCAGCAGCAGAUACAGUCGCAACCGCAGCAGGAGAUACAGCCACCACAACGGCAGCAGAUACAGCCCCAACAGCAGCAGCAGAUACAGCCGCAACAGCAGGAGCCGGUACUGCCGCAACAGCAACGGGAGCAGCUGUUCCAACAGGAACAGCAGAUACAGCCGCAACAGCAACAGGAGCAGAUGCCCCAACAGCAACAGCAGUUCCAACAGCAGCAGCAGACUCAGCCACAACAGCAGCAGCAACAGCAGCCCCAACAACAGCAACAACAGCUUCAGCAGCAGCAGCCCCAACAGCAGCAGCAGAUACAGCCACAACAGCCACAGCAGCAACAGGAACAGAAUGGUUCUUCAGGAGCAGGGGCAGCAAGCAUUUCUCCGUCUCACGCUAGUUUUGCAGAUUCUAUUAUUUCCGCCUCCGAUAGAGGGCGGCAAGGAACAGCGUUAAAGGAGAAGGACGUCACGCAAGUGCAGCAGCAGCCUGAGAGAGAGCACCAGCAGCAGCUGCAACAGCAGCAAGAAGAGCCGUCACCAGAGCUGCACCAUGAGGACAUACAGCUAGACCAUCUGCAGGAGGAGCAGCAGCAGCAAGAGCAGCUGGAUCUGCAACAGGAGCUGCAGGUAUAUGCAGCAGAAAACAACAUCUGCGUCCCCCCGGAGGAAAUAUUUGGCCAUCAUGGGCCCCCCAUAUGGCCAAUGAUCACGGGGGGCCUCUCCUGGUGUCGGUGUCAUGAGACAAAGGCAAUACCAUUGGCCCCCUUGCAGCGGCAUAUACGCGGCGAAUUCAGACAAACUGGGGGGCGAAUGGAUUUUACGAACGCCCCUCUAUUCAUGUUCCCAGAGGAAGCGAGAGUGCGUUGGAUGGAGCCUUCCCAAGAACAUAUAAGUGAGAAUUCCUUAGUUCAUCGUCCUCCACCAGCCGACGCACAAGCUCCGGUGUAUGUACCCCUUAAAGGAUCAAAGAUAGGCAGCGCGCCUAGCAAGAAUAUUAAAAAAAAAGAAACAAAACUUACACCAGAGAAUACAUGCAAGACUUUAAAUGAUCUCAGAAUCAGAAAUCAAGUCCUAGAGAAUCAGGUUCUUGGCCUCUCUAUUGCCCUUAGACUUCGUGUACUCUCCGAUUUAU